AUGCGUGUCCCAGCAGGAAGCCCCUCCAGGAAGGCCUACAGCCCACACCCGGUUGCUGAGACGCCGCGGGCCAUGCGGACUCACCUCCCGCUUGCUGCCCCCGCGACGCAGACACUCCGAGUGGCCUCCACCACUCACCGUUCGGGGGAGCCCGGACGUCGCGUCUUCGCCGGCUCCGCCCCACCCCGCCCCGCCUCGCCUCGCCCCGCCCCGCCUCGCCUCUCCUUGCCGGGCCUUCUCGUCGCGAAGGUCCCGUCAUCAGUGACGUUAUCUUCACGCGACGCUGCGCCGCGGAUGACGUCGCGGGUGUUGCAGCUGGAGGGCUUCUGGCCAGUGGCGGUGCAGACUGCUCGUCCUCGGGGCCUCUUCCGGGGUAACGGUGAUGGUGGCAGCCUGCUGGGGCAGAGUCUCAUGCAGAGAGCUGCCCCCUCAUCUCACCACCUGCACACUUCUCUUGGUCGGGCUGACUGCAACAGGGCCUCAUUCACACGACUCCACCGGCAGGCCUAUGCACGCCUCUACCCUGUGCUCCUGGUCAAGCAAGAUGGCGCCACUAUCCACAUCCGCUACAGGGAGCCAAGGCGCAUGCUCGUGAUGCCUAUAGACAUUGAUAGCCUGUCUCCUGAGGAGAGAAAGUCUCGCUUCCGGAAACGUGAGGCCAAGUUCAGAGAAAAGAAGGAGGAGCCAGAGCUCAAGGAUGACUUUGAUAUGGAGCGGUACAAACGAUUUUGGACCAAAAAGUGA